AUGGAUACCCUUUUCAACUCCACAAAGACGAAUCCUAGAGGAAUUCCGGAAGCCCCAUUUGUAGAGAAAGUGGAAGAAUUUAUUAAGGACCCUAAUGACUUCGACCUAUGUUUCAGUAAGUUUCAAGAACGAUUGUCCAAGUACAAGUUUAUGCAAGAGUCCAAAUCGAGCAAUAUAAGCCAGUUAAAGAUAAGAAUUCCCGACUUGGAAAAUAGUCUAAAGAUAUGUCGUACUCUCAAGUCAAAGGAUGAACCGGUUGAGACCAGCUAUCAAUUGAACGAUACCCUAUUCACAAAAGCCCAGGUUGAGACUGGUGAAGACCUGCAGAUUGGGCUAUGGCUUGGGGCAGAUGUGAUGUUGGAGUACCCAGUAAGCGAAGCCAUCGAACUAUUGACUGAAAAAUUGGCAGACGCAAAGGAAAAUCUGAGAAUCUCUACGGAAGACAUGGAGUUUCUGAGAGAGAAUAUUACUACUAUGGAGGUUAACUGCGCAAGAUUGUAUAAUUGGGAUGUAGAGAGGAGGCAGGCCUUAAAACAGGCAGAGCAAGGUACCGAAAAGUUGAAGAUUUAA